AUGGAUUUAGUAUCAUUGGUGAAUGAGUAUGAUUGUCUUCAUACUAUCUUAGAUAACCAUGCACCGAUUAAAUCCCGGGAAAUUACAUUGCGCCCUAAGGCACCCUGGUAUACUAACGAAAUCAAUGAUAAGAAACGAAUUCGGAGACAACUUGAGAGAAAAUGGCUUAAAACAAGGACGAAUGCCGAUUGGAAUCGCUAUAAACAACAAUGUUAUGCUGUAAAUAAACUUAUCGACUCCUCAAAAUCGGCUUACUAUACCGACUUAAUUAAUAAUGGAUCAUCUGAUCAAAAAACCCUUUUUAAGACUGUAAGCAAUUUGCUGCAUACAAAUACGAUUAUUCGCUAUCCAUCUUCUCCUGACCCAAUGUCACUUGCCAACUCAUUUAGUGAUUUCUUCACUCAGAAAAUUGUUAAAAUACGAGGUGAUAUCGAUGAUGAACUCUUGAGUAAAAACAUAGAAAAUCCUAUACCUGAUGCUGAUUCAUGUCCUUAUGAAUUUCACACCUUCAGGGUGUUAAGUUGUGCUCUUAUGUAUUACGUAAUUUAUGUUAUUAAAGUAGAAACAAUUAUUAGUUGUAAUGUUAUUAGUAAUUGGUAUAUUAAGUUACAUAUAGAUAAAGAGCAGGAGACUCAUGACUAUAUUUGGUAA